AUGGAAGCCCCCGGCAAGCGGAAGCGCGGCAACGAUGCAGGCGACGCCGCCGCCGGCUACUCGUCCGGCGACGACCGGGACAGGCUGAGCGCCCUGCCGGACAGCCUCAUCCACCACAUCAUGUCCUUCAUGAAGGCCCGGCAGGUUGUGCAGACCUGCGUGCUGUCCACGAGGUGGAGGCACCUCUGGCGCUCCAUGACCUGCCUCGACGUCGACAAGAGUGAAUUCGAGACCCCCGGCGCCAAGAAGUACCUGGACUAUGAGGGCUGGGAGAAGUUUGAAGACUUCAUGGACACCCUCCUGUCCCCUGGUAACGUUUCCAUCGCCUCCUUGGACACGCUCCGGCUGCAGGCCAGCUACGGCAUUGGCGAGGGCAGGCCUGCAUCCAGAUGGAUCCGCCGUGGCAUAAAGUACCCCCACGGCCAGCUACCUGCUGCAGGUGUUCAUCGUGGCAAAGUAGUGAGCUAUAAUUCCUGGCGCCUCAGAAGGCUGCACCUUUCCAAUAUAGAACUCUGUGAUCUUUUCGCCGAGCAUGUCAGAACGAGCUGCCAAUCUUUGGAGGAUCUGGAGCUGGGAAGUUGCAGCUGUAAAUUUCACGCGAUCGCCUCCGGCUCGCUGAAGAACUUGGCUCUGAAGUACUGCACCCUGUAUGGACUUGAUGAGAUCGCGACGCCCACACUGAAGAACUUGCUCAUCGAAAGUGGCACUGGCACCAACUUGAAGACGAUGGAUCGUCCGCUUGUUAUCACGGCACCAGCCCUUGCUUCUAUGUUCCUAGGCGUGACGCCUCACAACUUUGUUGGUGGCCUUUCGUUGAGCGAGAUGACAUCCCUUGCCAAGGUAUCUGUUCAUCUAUCGUGUAAAGAAAUAGUCGAUCCAUUCAAGAUCCUUGGUAGUUGUGUAUCUAGCGUGAUAACAAAUCUAGAAGUGUCAUCAGUUUCCCAGACAAUGGUGCUCGGUGAGGGAUCCACGACAUUCAUACAAUUCAACAACCUGAGAACCUUAGUACUAAGCCACUGUGAUCUUAGUGAUGACUUCCAGAUUCUGGGGCACUUUCUUCGUAAUUCUCCCAACCUGGAGAGACUCACUUUGCUAUAUUGCAAGUAUUCAAAUGACACGAAGAAAAAGAAAGGACCAUCCAAGUCGAAGAAUGCAGAGUAUACCCCGUGCCCUAACCUCGUGGAUGUCCCGUGCAAGAACCUCAAGCUCACCCAUAUAAUAUAUAAAGAGGAUGACAUCCGCCAACUGAUUGAGCUUUUGCUGCACAUUUCAGGGAAUUUACCGAAUAACUACAUAAAACUCACCAAAGCUCGUUUGUGGCCUAGUGCUAUUGUUAUCUAG